CAAACAAAACCCUACGAAUCAAUUAGAAGCUUGAAUUGAGAAGACUGCAAGAUGGGUCGAGCUCCAUGCUGUGAUAAAGCCAAUGUCAAGAAAGGGCCAUGGUCACCUGAAGAAGAUGCCAAGCUAAAAGCAUAUAUUGAAGAGCAUGGAACUGGAGGAAAUUGGAUUGCCCUUCCUCAAAAAAUUGGACUGAAGAGAUGUGGAAAGAGCUGCAGACUGAGGUGGUUGAAUUAUCUGAGACCUAAUAUCAAGCAUGGUGGAUUCUCCGAGGAAGAAGACAACAUCAUCUGUAACCUCUACAUAAGCAUUGGCAGCAGGUGGUCUGUAAUUGCUGCCCAGCUGCCAGGAAGAACUGAUAACGACAUAAAAAACUACUGGAAUACAAGGCUCAAGAAGAAAUUGCUUGGAAAACGCAAACAAUCAAGUAGCAACAAUUAUAAUACUGGCCUAUCCCCUUCAUCAAGCAGUAGUGAAGACCCAAAAGAGGCCUUAAGCAACUCAGCCCUAGAAAGGCUUCAACUUCAUAUGCAACUUCAGGGCCUUCAGAACCCACUCUCCUUCUACACCCACCAUCAGUUAUGGCCCAAACUCCACCCCAUACAAGAAAAAUUUAUCCAAACCCUCCAAUCUCUGAACCAUCAAAACCCUAAUUUCCUUAACCCUAAUCUCCAAGAUACUCAAUUGUUAUUACCAGGCCAAGCAGUACCCAAGGCCGCAGCUGCUGAUUUCUUUCAGCCACAAUCCAAUACCAUUUCUGUCUCACUUCCACAAGACUACGAGAUCCCAAGUUCAGAUCAAACCUCUGGAGAGCACCAUGAGGUUCCAAACUUUGCACAAGUUGAUGACUUUCUUAACGAAAAGGCUGAGGGUAAUUUCAUGGCACAGCCUGAACAAAUGGCUGAAUUUGAUUGCUUUAAGGAAGUGGGUGGUUCGAAGGAUGGCUUGGUUUGGUGGUCUCAGAAUGAGCAUGAUUUGAGACCCGCUUCAUCCUCUAACUCAUGGGACUCCAGUUCUGUGCUUCAAUCGGAGUUGAUGUUCCAAGAUUAUGAGUUAGGGUACAAUCUUUAGUUAAGGGCAGGGUUUUUAAUUAAUGUUUGUAGGGGUUGAGAGAGACAAGUAAGCUUUUGGAUUUGUGUCCUGAUCAUAAAAUGGAUUUGCCUGCAUGUAAGCUUUGUAUAUUGUGUGAAUAAUGAAGUUUAAUUCCGGAUUUCCCA